AUGGGUAUCGAUCUGAAGAAGCACCACGUCAAGGGCACGCACCGCAAGGCGCCCAAGAGCAACAACGUCUACCUGAAGCUCUUGGUGAAGCUCUACCGCUUCCUGGCUCGCCGUACCGACUCUGCCUUCAACAAGGUUGUCCUGCGCCGCCUCUUUAUGUCCCGCAUCAACCGCCCCCCCGUCUCCCUGUCUCGCAUUGCCGGCAACCUCAAGAACGGCAACGAGAAGAAGACCGUUGUCAUUGUCGGCCCCGUCACCGACGACAACCGCCUGCUCGAGGUCCCCAAGAUGCAGGUCGCCGCCAUGCGCUUCACCGCCACCGCCCGCGCCCGCAUCACCGCUGCCGGCGGCCAGGCCAUCACCCUGGACCAGCUCGCCCUCGAGAAGCCCACCGGUGCCAACACCCUGCUCCUCCGCGGCCCCAAGAACGCCCGUGAGGCCUUCAAGCACUUCGGCAUGGGCCCGCACAAGCACAAGAAGCCCUACGUCGAGUCGAAGGGUCGCAAGUUCGAGAAGGCUCGUGGUCGCAGACGGUCUCGUGGCUUCAAGGUCUAA